GGCUGCCUUUUCUUGUCUAGUACUCGUACUCCCUAAUUACAUUUUUUUUAUAUAUGAAGAUAUUGACAAGUUUCUCCACGAAACUGUAUACCUGCCCAGAAUAGUUAGCAUUGCUUCAUUGACUCAGGAAGAUCAUCAUUGUCGUCAUCGAUGGCGAGGGAGAAGAUAAAGAUAAAGAAGAUAGACAAUAUAACAGCAAGACAAGUUACCUUCUCUAAGAGAAGAAGAGGGAUCUUUAAAAAAGCUGAGGAACUUUCAGUUCUUUGCGAUGCCGAUAUUGCCCUCAUCAUCUUCUCUGCUACUGGCAAAUUGUUUGAUUUCUCCAACUCCAGAAUGAAGGAUAUCUUGGCACGAUACAGUGCACAUGCGAAUUAUGAGAAGAAGGAAGAAGAACCAUUCCUUGAAUUGCAGCUAGAGAACAGCAAUCUUGCUAAACUCAACAGUGAGGUUGCAGAUAAAAACCAGGAACUAAGAAAGUUGCGAGGAGAGGAUCUUCAAGGUGUGGAUUUGGAGGAAUUACUACAGCUUGAAAGGAUCCUUGAGGGUAGUUUAUCCCGGGUUCUUGAAACUAAGGGAAAACGUAUAAAGCAUGAGAUCGAGACUCUCCAAAAACAGGGUGAUUUAUUAAUGGAAGAAAAUCAAAAGCUGAAACAAAAAAUGAUUGAAUUAUCACAAGAAAGAAAGCCUGCUCUUCUUCUGGAUCAGUCUGAUACGUCGACCAUCCACGAAGAAGGUCAGUACUCGUCGGAGUCCAUCACGAAUGGCGGUCCUCCUCUCACCGAAGAUGAUAGCUCGGACACUUCUCUUAAACUAGGGCUAUGCCUAUUUUGAAGAGCUGCUGGAGAACCUAAGUGAAAGGUCAAAGUUUGCACUAAUAUUAUUAGACCCAAAUAAGCAGUGUUUGGCUUGGUGUAUUUUAUAGCCAGUUUCUGCAAUUUGCAUGCCUAUGUUAAUGUGUGGAGAUAGUAGAUUAAGUGUACUUAAUUGUACUGUGUAAUUAAGGUAAUAUUUUAUGACUAUUAGAAAUUCUGAAACCAGUUGAUUUCAUCCAUUUUGAACCUUAGUAUGAAUGAUCAUGCAUUAUUAUUCCAAAGAAUUUGGGCCUUAUUACGUUGGGUGUCUGAUCUUAUAGAAAAUACUGUACACUAAGUCAAUGUAUUAGGUUCUCUCCAAAAAUAAAAAUGUAUUAGGUCGGUUUUCUAGAUUUAUAAGAGGUGUAUAUUUGUGAUCCUUGAAGUUCUGGAUUUUUGUGUUAUUGUAAAUUUGUAACCUUUAUAAACAUAUAUAAGGACGUGUUCUUGUGGUUCAAUUUAUCAGUUCAA